AUGGCAGAAGAUUCUAAUUGCAUUUUGGUUGUGGAGCAUGCGAUCCUCGAGUUGGGAUGCGCAUCUGAAAAACAGCAAGCUACCGUGUUUGAAAAAAAUUCACCAGAGCUCUCAUUGCGUUCGUCGCAUAUAAAAGCAAUUGUCUUUGUAUCUCGACCUACUCCGUCGGCCCUUUCGACCUCAUGCUCCAUCACCCUCAGCCGUACACCCCAUUACUUUUCCUCAUCGGAAAGCAUAUCCGUGAUCCAACCCGGUGCUGCACCGCCGUUUGUUUCCUUGGGGCGGAGUGCCACCCGUGACCUCACCGCUACACUUUUCAUUCUAGGUUCCCUUCAAGCUGCAGCACUCUCUUACCACCAACUUUACUCCCAAGGGGCCCCUCCUUCACAGCUCUCUCACAGCAAUUAUCGAAUCUUCGACCCCCCAUGUCCUUGGGAUCAUUCCCAACCAUCACUCACCACCAUCCCAAAUUUUCUAACUCUACUUCCUUUCUCCUUCCAUUUUCUUCUAUUAAUUCUCACGCAAACGGCUAGCGACACACCAAACCGACGCCCUAUUACUACAGCAGUCUCCUCACUAUGGGAUAAGAACACACUUGACCCGACUUCUUGGACCAUACCUCAACUGCAGCCAUUGAAAACUGUCCCUCAAUUGCCAAAUUUCAACACUACACUGCCUGGAGCAUGCACUAAUCCUCACUCUCUGUUGCCCAUCUCCAACCCACGGUCAAUAAUCAGACAAUACAUGUCAUAUUUUACCCUUGAAUAG